GCAGGAGUGCGUGGCCACAGAGGAGAGUCCUCAGGUCUUCUUCUGCUGCUGCGAAGGAAACUUCUGCAACGAGAGGUUCACACACCUGCCUGACGCCACCGGGCCGCUGAUCAAAGCCCCGCCCCACGGCGUCGGCGUGUUAAAGGUGAUGGUUUACUGCCUGCUGCCCGUCACCAUGCUGUCCGUCGUUCUGCUCACCGCCGUCUGGAUGUACCGACACCGGAAACCUCCGUACGGACACGUGGACCUCACGGAGGUACACGCCCCCUAAACCUCCAUCCUUUAUUUAACCAGGUCUCUGUUUCCAACACGG